UUAAAGUUUCCCGGCCCGGCCUCGCGCGGGGUGGGCCGCGGCCGGCGGCCGGCGGGAGGGCGGCCAUGCGAGGGAAACUUGAAGUUGAGAGACGCCGGCCGCGCCGCAACUUGCGAGCAACUUGCCGGGCGGAGGGAGCCAUGUUGUCAGCUUUGUCUGCGGCGGGCGGCGCUCGGCGGCCCCCGGCUCGCGCGGCGCUGGCGGGGGGUCGUGCGGCCUCGGCGGCCCCAGGGCCCGGUGGGGAGCACGCUCGGCCGGUGGGAAGCGGAGCCAUCUUACCCGGCGGCACGACGCCUGCUCCGGACCGCCGGGGGCGAGCGGGCCCGCGCCUUCCCGCCCGAGCCCCGCCGAGGCUGUCCUCGCGCCGCUCUCCGGCUCCCUCCACCAACCAGCGCCGAAGGCGGGCGCUGGGCUCGGCCCCUCGGCGCCUGGCUCCUGAGGGGCGGCCGUGCUCUCCGCAGGCGCCCGGGAUGCUGUGCGCAGCCUCUCCCGGGGGACGGAGACCUCUCGGAGAGAAAUGGUGAGGGGCUGGGAAGUUCCAUGGCACCCUAGAGCAGAAGCAGGGUGCUUAACCAAUUCCAGGCACUUCUCUGGCUUUUAGAAAGUCUGAAAGACUUUCUCCAGAACGUGUGAAGAAGAUGCAAUUAAAAUAACUCCACGUCCAAGCAGAUGGAGAAAAUGCAAACAUUAGCUGGGAGAUAGAAGGCAAAGUCCUUUCUGAAGUACAUUUUACGGUUUAAAAAUGCGAAAUAGUGAGGUAAUACAGAGCUUAGAAAACUAAAAUGUGGCUUCUUAACGCUUUUCUUAGAUUUUAUUAAAAUCAAUGCUUCAUUUUCAACAUUUGAAACAAAAAGUUUAACUUCAUUGGUGUUAAAUUUUAGUUGACGAGGAAGACAUCUUGGGACUUGAAAGUAUUAAGACAAAAUGCCUUUAGGAGUAUUAUCCUAAUCAUGACGAAAAGAAUUUCUCUUUUAAUUUAAAAGUUUAUAAUCUCUACAAUGUACUUCAUGUAUAAUGUUAACUUUAAUUAUAAAAACAAUUGCAAUAAACCUUUAAC